UGUGUGUCUUUUGUGUGAAGGGAGGAGAUGGGCGUGGGCUGUCCCCCUCAUCUAAUAUUCAGCUCCCAGUAAAAAGGGGGAUGCUGGGCCGUCUGCCCAGCAGUUGAUUUUUUUUUAGUGACAGUGAGGAAUCAGCAGUGACUCGAACUGGUAGAUUCAGUUACUUUGACCCACACUAAGCGCUGUACAGGAUAUCCACCGGCAGCCAUGGAUACCACCACCUCCCUGAAGAUGGCGUCUCUGGCUGUCCAGAGUCUGUUCAACUACGUGGAGGAGGAGGACCUGCCUGCCAUAAUAGCACACUUGGAGAAGUUCAGGGAUGUGGACAGCAGGAGUGAUAACGGACAGACCCCCCUGAUGGUCGCAGCGGAGCUGGGCAACCUGGAGAUCGUGCAAGAGUUCAUUAAGAGAGGAGCCAAUGUAGAUCUGGACGAUAUUGACUGCUGGACUGCACUGAUCUCAGCAGCUAAGGAGGGACACAUCGAGGUGGUCAGGGAGCUGCUGGAGAAUCAUGCCAACUUGGAGCACAGAGACUUGGGAGGAUGGACUGCUCUCAUGUGGGCUUCUUACAAAGGCCGGACAGAUGUGGCCGAGCUUCUUUUAGAAAAGGGGGCCAAUCCCAACAUCACUGGACAGUACAGCGUCUACCCCAUCAUCUGGGCGGCAGGUCGCGGUCACGCAGAGAUCGUGCACCUUCUGCUGCAACAUGGAGCCAAGGUUAACUGCUCAGACAAGUAUGGUACCACUCCUCUGAUCUGGGCUGCCAGGAAGGGUCACUACGACUGUGUGAUGCACCUUUUAGCCAAUGGUGCUGACGUGGAUCAGGAAGGAGCUAAUUCGAUGACGGCUCUGAUCGUGGCAGUGAGAGGUGGCUACACUGAAGUGGUGAAGGAGCUGCUGAAGAGGAACCCCAACGUCAACAUGACUGACAAAGACGGGAACACAGCUCUGGCUAUUGCUGCCAAAGAGGGACACACGGAAAUCGUGCAGGAUUUACUCGACGCGGGAACCUACGUUAAUAUUCCAGACAGGAGUGGAGAGACGAUGCUGAUCGGAGCUGUAAGAGGAGGUCAUGUGGAGAUAGUGCGAGCUUUGCUGAACAAAUAUGCUGAUGUAGACGUCAGGGGCCAGGAUGGAAAGACUGCCCUCUACUGGGCAGUUGAGAAAGGCAACGCCAUCAUGGUGAGGGACAUCCUGCAGUGUAACCCCGAUACAGAGAGCUGCACAAAGGAAGGAGAAACACCACUUAUCAAAGCUACCAAAAUGAGGAACAUUGAAAUAGUGGAACUGCUGCUUGAUAAAGGUGCCAAAGUGUCUGCAGUGGACCGGAAAGGGGACACACCUCUCCACAUUGCCAUCCGUGGACGCAGCAGAAAACUGGCUGAACUGCUGCUGAGGAACCCCAAAGAUGGCCGCCUGUUGUACCGUCCCAACAAAGCAGGAGAAACCCCUUAUAACAUUGACUGUACCCACCAGAAGAGCAUCCUGACUCAGAUAUUCGGAGCAAAACACCUGUCUCCCACUGAGUCAGAUGGAGACAUGCUGGGCUAUGACCUGUACAGCAGUGCUCUAGCAGACAUCCUGAGUGAGCCCACCAUGCAGCCCCCUAUCUGUGUGGGCUUGUAUGCUCAGUGGGGCAGCGGAAAAUCGUUUCUUCUCAAAAAACUGGAGGACGAGAUGAAGACAUUUGCAGGGCAGCAGAUCGAGCCGCUGUUUCAGUUUUCCUGGCUGGUGGUCUUCCUCACUCUUCUUCUCUCCGGCACGGUGGCCGUAAUCCUGGGUUUCACCGUGGAUCAUAAGUUAGCUAUCGCCGUCUCCCUCAGCCUCCUCGCCUUUCUCUACAUCUUUUUCGCGCUGGUUUACUUUGGAAGCCGACGAGAGCGGGAGAGCUGGAGGUGGGCGUGGCUUAUCAGCACUCGGCUGGCCCGUCAGAUCGGUUACCUGGAGCUGCUGCUUAAGCUGAUGUUUGUGAACCCUCUGGAGCUUCCUGAGCAGACCACACGUGCACUGCCAGUGAGAUUCUUGUUCACGGAUUAUAACCGACUGUCCAGCGUUGGAGGCGAGACUUCAUUGGCCGAGAUGAUCGCCACACUCUCUGAUGCCUGCGAGAGGGAGUUUGGCUUCCUGGCCACCAGGCUCUUCAGGGUUUUUAUGAAUGAUGAGAUCAAAGGUCAAAAAUGGAAGAAAACCUGCUGCGUUCCAUCUUUCGUGCUGUUUUCCUUGACUGUUUGCUGCCUGAUCACUGGAAUGGCUCUGCUGGUUAUCUUUAAGGUGGACCCUGAGAACAUGACGGUGAACGCGGUGCUGAUCGCCAUGGCCAGCGUGGUGGGCCUGGCUCUGCUGCUCAACUCCCGAACAUGGUGGCAGGUGGCCGUCUCUGUCCUAAACUCCCAAAGGAAGCGUCUGCACAGUGCUGCCAACAACUUACACAAACUCAAAAGCGAAGGAUUUAUGAAGGUUCUCAAGCACGAAGUGGAGAUGAUGUCCAAAAUGGCCAAAACAAUCGACGGCUUCACCCAGAACCAGACCCGCAUGGCGGUUAUCAUCGAUGGAUUAGACGCAUGUGAACAGGACAAAGUUCUGCAGAUGCUGGACACGGUGAGGGUCCUCUUCUCUAAAGGCCCUUUCAUCUCCAUCUUUGCCAGCGACCCCCAUAUCAUCAUAAAAGCCAUCAACCAAAACCUCAACAGUGUGCUGAGAGACUCCAACAUUAACGGACACGACUACAUGAGGAACAUCGUCCACCUGCCGGUGUUCCUGAACAGCCGCGGCUUCAGCACGGCUAAGAAGCUCUUCAUGGCGACCACUACCAGUGGAGAGGCUCUGCCCACUGAAGGAUCGCUGGAUGAGGAGAACAGGAAGUUGUCUCAGAACAGUCUGGCUCAGGAUCAGAGCAAGUUGGGCAGCAGGAACGCUCUAAACCGCAGGGACACAUAUCGACGCCGUCAGAUGCAGAGAACCAUCACCAGACAAAUGUCCUUUGACCUGACCAAGCUGCUGGUGACUGAGGAUUGGUUCUGUGACAUCAGCCCACAGACUAUGAGAAGACUGCUCAACAUCGUCUCCAUCACCGGUCGAUUGCUGAGAGCCAAUCAGAUAAUCUUCCACUGGGACCGCCUGGCGUCGUGGAUCUACCUGACAGAGGAGUGGCCCUACAGGACUUCAUGGAUCAUCCUCUUCCUGGAAGAAACAGACGGAGUUUCGGAUCAGCACACACUUAAGAACGUCUAUGAGAGAAUCUCCAAAAAUAUUCCCACCACCAAAGAUGUGGAGCCUCUGCUUGAGAUUGAUGGAGACAUCCGGAGCUUCGAGGUCUUCCUCUCAUCCAGGACGCCUUUUCUGACCGCCAGAGACGUGGAGAUGUUCCUCCCCUGUACCGUCAACCUGGACCCCAAACUCAGAGAGAUCAUAGCAGAUGUCCGUGCAGCAAGGGAGCAGAUGCACAUGGGCGGAGUGACGUAUCCCACGCUGCCCCUGCAGGAAGCAGCGCCCCGCCCCCAGCCGGGGUACGGUCAGCCCUCUACCGCCUGCUCCCCCACCGGCUCCUUCGCCGGCUCUCUGCCCGCCCAACCCCACAGCUCUUACUUCAGCGGGAUGACCGGGCCUCAGCACCCCUUCUACAACCGGCCUUAUUUCCCCCAUCACGUGUAUCACCUCCCCCGCCAUUUUUCACACCAAGUCCCCCCACCCCCGCGCCCCGUCAUUAAACCACCCGGUCAAGCCCAGGACACCAGUGGACUUGAUGUUAUUGCAGAGGAUGCCAGAGAAGGCCUCCCCUCAAGCCCUUCAGACCCCAUUGUGCAUUUAAAGUCGCUGCCUUUCAAAAUAAAACAGGUGGGUCCAGCCGUGAUCCUCAGCUCUCUGAGCACGGAGGCGGUGUGCGAGCGCCUCAAACAGACGGAUGGGAUUGACCCCAACAUGCUGCCUCAGUACACAGCCACCAUCAAAAAGGCUAAUAUAAACGGGCGAGUGCUCCUUCACUGUAACCUGGAUGAGCUGAAGAAAGAGAUGGAGAUGAACUUUGGGGACUGGCAGCUCUUCAGGGGAAUGGUGAUGGAGCAGCGCUACGCUGAAAGCCAGGCUGCGAUCCAAGACGAGUCUCGGGCUGCUAGUGAGCAAGGCAGCAGCGUGCUCCACGGGGAGGCCGGCAGACGCGCCGGGGGUCCCCAGCGUGAAACCUUCAGCCUCAACCUCAGCUUUGAGGAGCUCAGCGGCGCCGGAGUGGAGGAGCCGGCGAGGCGCAGCAACAACUCCCACUGGCCGGUGGCAAAUCACCGCACUUCAAGCAUGUCCAGCCUCAACUCCCAGGAAUCCUCCAAUGACAUCUGCAAGCUGACAGACAAGCAGCAGGCUGAGUACCGGGACGCCUACAGGGAGUACAUCGCUCAGAUGGCCCAGCUGGAGAUGUCCGGCAGCGGGGGGGAGAGGCCCGUGCAGCCCCACCCGGGGCAGUUUCUGCAGGCUGGCAGCUCCGAGGACAAAGGGGUGAAGGAAGGAAGUGACCAAGACGCCCGCAAGUCUUUCAGCAAGAGGGCCUCCAAGAGCCUGGACAUCCCCGACGCAGAUGCUCAGCUUCUGGACCCCAUCAGAGAAGAAGACGAGAAGCUCGACAACAGCCUGUACUUCAAGAAGAAAGGAGCCGGGUCGCUCUACCACGAGCUGCCCAACGAAGAGGACUCGGGCUCGGAGGAAGCGGACAACACCACGCCUCUGCUGCCGAAAGCCUGCGCCCCUCAACCCGCCGGGCUGCUGACCAAACCGGGCUUCCUCGCAGAGAUCCUCCUGGACAAGAAGGACUCGUCGGAUUCAGGCAUGCGCUCCAGCGACAGCUCCUCGGACCCCUCCUUCGAGGAGGCCAUGGACGACUCCGCCAAAGAGGGAGAAGCUCCCAAAGCCAGCCUGAUGGAGCUGGAGCUGGAGGGUCUGGUGAAGAAGCGAGGCCUCCUUCCCAGCAGCCUGAGCGGCCUUCAGGAAGCCGCCGUGGCCCGCAUGUCCAUCUGCUCCGACGCGCCAUCCGAAGCCAGCCUGAUGGCCAGCAGCCCGGACGAGGGCUGGGUCGCCAACCUCAACCACACCUCCAUCGACGCCACCCUCAACAACAACACCAACAACAGCCGUCAGCAGCAGGAGGUCGGCACCGAGUCCUCCACCGGCAUCAUCAUCAUCCCCGGCAGCACGGCCGCCACCGUCCACCACAACCAGAACCUGUGCUCCAUCAACCUGGGGGACGAGCGGGAGAGCGUCCUCUAGGUUGUCCCGCAACGGAGAUCUGAGGCGUGAAAAUCCCUCCACGUUUUGUGAAAGAAAGCCAGACAAAGCUUUUGUGUUUUGACAGUUUGGUGUCUGUUGUGUUUGUGGUAGAGCGUUACAUUUCCAAAGUAAAAUGUGUUUGUAGGCCGUAAAAAUGAAAGCCUUGCAGUGUUACUGAGACAUUUCAAUCGUGACGUAGAUUGUGUAUUUUCAUUGUGUCGUCUUUGCAUGCUGGAAAUAAACUCUUUAAAAUGUGUUUGGAUGUUUUCCACAUUAAAUCCUAAAAAACUUCAAAAACUAAA